AUAAAGUAGUUUCUAUGUUCAUUGGAAAACAAAUUAUAUUAACAAUUCAAAUGAAAAUCAAUAAAUAUUGCUAUGUAUAUUGUUAUUUAUAUUUUAUCUGAAGUAAUGUUAAAACUAUGUGAUAGCCAUGAGAUACAAUAAACAAGUGUUAGCUUCAAUAGCUUCACAAACCUCUCAAAAUUUUGAACGAGAAGGUGUGUUAGUAAUGAAAGAAAAACAAGACGGAUUCUUUCGAAGAUCAGAAGCAUAUUCAAUUAGAUGGUUUCGUCUAAGGGGGAAUCUCCUUUUUUAUUUGAAAGGCUCUGAGCCUUGGUAUGAACCAAUUGGAGUAAUAGUGUUAGGUAGACAUGUAUUAAAAGUACAAGCUUGUGAUGAAAAUGGACAUUGGCCAUUUCAAAUAGUUUGGGAGAAUGGACCUUGCUACAGAUUAGCAACAUUCCAAGAAUCAGAACGCACACUAUGGAUAAAAUCUCUUGAAAUGGCAUCAUAUGAUGCCAUCAAUACUCAAAUUGUCGAAUUGAGGGAAAAAUUACAUAAAGCAAGACCUGUUAUUGACGUUUCACAGUAUCGCGCGCAGAAGGGAAUUAUUUUAGAUAUGAAUGAAGUGCCAUUAUGUGAGUUAGCCUUAUCAUGCGACAAUUUACUAUGUGAUGCAUAUGGUAGACCACCAACACCACAAAUUGUUGUAUACCUAGGAUUCUCAAAAGAUUUAUGUGUUAAAUAUGGCUCUACAGAAAUUGUUGACUGUUGCAGUAAUCCUUGUUUUUCAAAAACUGUGCUGUUUCGGGCUUGUGAUGGUAUAAAUGGUAAGGCUAUUGUUCGUCUCAUAGUAUAUGAUGUAAAGGAAAAAGUUUCUGAAGUUACUGUGCCGAUGGGAUAUACAAGUCUACAGUUAAGCACCAUACAGGAAUCGCAAAGACUUCGUGUAGCUUUAAAAACUCGUGAUAAUAAGACAGUUGGUUUUGUUACUAUUAAUGGAUGGAGUCUUGAGGCCUCAUGCACAGGCAAUAGUCCUUGUCAUACAAAUGAUCGUAAUUGCUUGGAUCUACCACAAAAAAUCCAGUGCCAUAGAAGAUCCCAGUCUUUGCCUCCUAGAUUGGGACUUAAACUGAAAUUUCCAGCAUAUGGAAGUAUGAUUAAGCAAAAUUUUGUUAACAGUCAUCAAGUAACUUAUAAGUUUCAUUCUGGAUUGGGCGGCGAUAUUAACGUGCAUGAAAUAAUGGCUGAACCAAAAUUGUGCUAUCAAUUGCCAAUACAAUUGUUGGACAUAUUUAUACAAAGAGAAAAGGAGCUUUUAGGAGAAUUGCUGUCCAUAGGUGAUAUGUGUGGAAACUGGCAAAAUAAACAGUUGGAAUUGUCAAGCAUAAAUGUUUCACUCUUAAAACACUAUUGCCAUUCAAAAAGAUGUUUGCAGCAAGCGGAACAUGCUUAUUUUAAAGCGAGUUGUAAAAAGGACGAUUCUAGUUUGGAAUUUGCGCCAGUCAAUCUACACCUUCAACGAAUGUGGGUGCAUAAUGAUACAUUGAACAAAACUGGAUAUCACGAUAUAAUAACUGUAGGAGCGUUUGCUGCUCACUCACAUAAGUCAGAAAGAACUGGGGGACUAAUCAGGUUAGUUCAACAAGUGAAAGAUAUAAACAGUACGAAGGCGGCCCUACACUCGGCAGCGUCUAAUAGAAUACAAUCUGAAUAUGACAGUGUGAUGACUUUAAGGAAUUUUAGAGAUGAAAUUGUUACCGAUAUGGAUCGUAUUAUUGUCCUAAUACAGGCUAAGCAGUAUGUAGAAGCACGGCAUAUUACAGAAGUUAUUAAAACAAAAACAAGGAGCAUGCUGACGCUAUGGGAACCGAGAGUGAUUGAAGAAUCGUUGGCCAUUAUCGGUUGGCCAAAACAAAAUUGUACUUCUGAAAAUCCGACAAUCACUACUAUAUUGCAAUUGACAGAACAACUUAGUAUGUUUGGCACCAAUUCCGACUGUGACACAUUUGAUGCGUCAUCAAGCUCAAGUUCAAAAGAGACAACGCCCACCGUUGAAACGCCCUCUCUGUCUUCGAGUGUACCGAACGUGUGCCAAAAUCGUUUAAUAUCAAAAGAAUCAAUAAAGAACAUUCUCGAUGCGUCGGAUUUAAAAUUCGAUAAUGAUUACUUCAACAGCGAGGAACGUAAAAAUCUCAAUCACUCGUUUAGAUCUGUUCGUUCCCCGGUCAAGACGAAAGUGAACGAUUUAAACUCAUUUGAUUCUAAUAGACAGAGACAUGGGAGUUUGAGGCACGAUUUCAAGAACACGUCCCUAGAGCAAAUUUCUUAUAGAUCGCUGGUGGAAAACUUGGGCGAAAGUGAUAAACGAAAGGCGGAAAAAAGGGAGACCUCACUUCCUAGCAUCGGUCCAAUUGAUUCAGCAACGCGUGAAAAUAAUUUGGCUUAUUUAAAUAGCUUUGGUGUUGACUUUGAAGCCUGUCUGGCGACUGUGGUUGAAGCUGUCAUCAUGAUUAUUGACACUGAUAAAGAGCCCCAGGAAGACGAGUUGGAUUCAUUAAGAUCACUUACCGAGGAAUUCAAAGUCAAGGCGGAAUCUUUAACGCACUGGGCUCGAAUAUCACACGCGGCUUUACGCCUACGUUGCGAAUCACCCAUUUGGGCAAGAAACAAUGCUGCCCUUCAAACUAGAAGGGACACAUGCUUCUCACAAGCGUUGACUACAGUGACGGCCGGUCUGCUAUGUUGGUUUAAUUCGGUUUCACAUGAAACAGUUGUGAAGCUGUUGACGUCAGAACUUGGGCCUCUGUGUGGCUUUGAAGGAUUAUUAAGUCUAUAUUCUACGGAGAAGGCGAUGUGGGGUGAUAUGGUUGUUGCUGUGGAGGAUUUGCAGACCGUGCUUUUUAAAUUGAACAAAGUUGGACACAGUAUGACAGCACUGCCUCAAGUAUCUGGUUCACGAGGAAAUUUAACCGUCAGUAUCCCCAUAUCAGAUGCGCUUUAUUCGAAGUUUACUAAAAAAGAGCAUUUGAACUUUACAAUAACUGCGGUGUUCUUCAAUAUUGGCAUUAACGAAAAGGCGACAUUAGCGGAAGCCUUAGGCGAGACUACGCCCCAGUAUCAAUCGAAUAAUGAUAAUUUAGAUCGACUUAAUAAAUACUACUAUAAAUAUACGAAGAUAUUUCCUGUGGACUAUUUGGGAGCUAAUCGAGCAUCAUCUAGAAUUAAGCCCCUAGAAGAGGUAAUGGAGAAUUUAAAAAAAUCAGUACACAACAAAGUGCCAAAAAAUGUCGAAGUACUUCACUUAGCUGCAUUAGCUACUAGGCAUAUGAAUGGCAUAAGAUUCACGUCGUGCAAAAGCGCUAAGGACAGGACUGGAAUGUCCGUAACGCAUGAGCAAUGUUCAAUACUGUCAACUGAAUAUCAUUUGGCUGAACAUGAAAUGAAGAAAGCUUUAAAUAUUAUGAGAAGCGAAGGAUGUCGCAGAGAGAAUACAUACAAAAAUAUUGGUGUGAAGAAAUAUGCUUUUACGAAGAAACAAGUUAUGGCAUUACCAGAAGAGUAUAGGCCGCCUGCUGGGACCUAUGGCUCGACUCAGACUUAAUUUAAGGCACAGUUAAGUUAAUAAUAUUUAAUAUUAAACAUUGUUAUUGUGUCAAUCAAAAAUUUCUUAAAGGACUAGUAAUAGUUUAGAAAAUAUUCAUUUAUAACAUCUUUGUUGUAUUAGGAUUUUAUUUUUACAAACUAGUUUAUAUUACAUUUAAAAUCACAUUUAUAUAUAGAUCUUGUAGUGUUGUAUAAAAUUUAACACCUUGAAGUAGUAAUGGACAUAGCAAAUUUUUGGAUUAAAAAAUCAAUCAAAUGGAAGUUAUUAAAUACGCAUCCACAAUCAGGAAUCGAGGAAAAAUUGUCUAUGGAAUGUAUUCUAUUGCUUAGAUCUUUGGUCUGUGGUUCAAGAUGGGCCAAUGUCUAGUCCGGCUCAUUUUAAUUUAUUAUAUUUGACACCUCAUAAGAGUUCAACUUUGACCUAAUACAUUAGGUCCUUACAUAUGAAACUGGCGUUUUGUAUGGGAGGAACAAAAAGUAGUUGUUUUUAAAUAGAAAAUAUUUAAUUAAUUAAAGUAUCAUUGGUAUCUACGUACUUUUGCCAUCGUAUAGGCUCCCUUUACUUAAAAAUCAUCGGACGGGAAUUAAUAAAAUCUUUGAAGGCGGUUCCGACUGACCUAUCAGAAAAAAAUUUUAACAUUACAGACGUAACGUUACCCAAAUAUCGAAAAAAAUUAUAUAUUUAAUAUAUAAUAAUUCAUUUUACGUUAUCGUAUUAUUGAAAUAUGACAA